AUGUUUGACUUUCGUGUGGACCAACAAGUCCGUGGUCGGAGCAACUUACGCUCGUCCGGAACUGCUUGCAGCCACCGGACUAAUGGAUUUACUGCAUCUUAUUACGGACAAACGGACACUUCAUUUGAUUUCACAAGAAGAAAAGCUGACACGUCUUCGACUCAAUUGACAUCGACCUUCAUGGAAGACAACAAAAGGCAUUUACGUGGCCACAAAUUUGUGCAUGGAAUGGAUGCAAACGAAGAGAGAAUGUGGUGGUGGUCUAAAAAAGAAAUUCCAGUGGAUGAAUGGGUGAAAUCGUUUUUGCCCCCAGAACAUGAUAAGGAUUUUAUCGAAGAAGAUGGAGAAAUGCUCUAA